UUGAAUCUGCUUUUUUAGACAGUGAGCCAGCCGAAGUUGCUACAGAGUUAUAUUGUAUUAUAAAACAUAUGAGUUUAAAUUAACAGAGCACCUAAACAAUGAUGGCGUGGAUAACGUUUGAAGACAGACUUUCGGUACAACUACAGUAGGCUACGCGGAAGGAGGAGUAACUCCGCAAUGGAUAUGCUAGCGUUUUUUUUUUAGCUAGCGUUGCUUUCUGCUACUAACGUAGAGCUUCUUGCUGAAGACCUUUCCAAGUUGGGAUGUGAAACGUUUGUUUAAGAAGAAGCUAACUUUUGUUUGGAUGGAUUCUUCUGCACAGAAAGCAACAGACAACUUGUUCAAGAUGACCCAGGAGCAGUAUAUCCUCGCGGCGCAGCCCAACCCACUCCACCAGCGGGGGGCGUCGGUGUGCGGCGCCCCGGUCUACCCAGCGGUGGGAAUCUAUGGCUGGAGGAAGAGAUGCUUGUACUUCUUCAUCCUCCUGCUCCUCGUCACCAUGAUCGUCAACCUCGCACUGACCAUCUGGAUCCUCAAAGUCAUGAACUUCACUCCGGAAGGAAUGGGGAAUCUGCAGGUGACCAAGGAAGGUGUCAGACUGGAGGGAGUGUCCGAAUUCUUAUUGCCUCUAUACGUCAAAGAGAUCCAGUCUCGCAGGGACAGUCCAUUGAUCAUACAGUCGGACAGAAAUGUGACGGUCAAUGCUAGGAACGAUCAGGGACAACUGAUGGGUCAGCUAACCGUGGGUUCAGAAAUGGUGGAGGCUCAGUGUCAGAGGUUUGAGGUGAGGAGCACCGAUGGAGAGACGGUUCUGUUCUCUGCAGACGAAGAGGAGAUCACCAUCGGCACCGAGAAACUUAGGGUCACAGGGAAUGAAGGUGUGGUGUUCAGCCAUUCUGUCGAGACAUCACAUGUAAGAGCAGAACCCUUCCAGGAUCUAAAGCUGGAGUCGCCAACUCGCACCCUGACCCUGGAGGCCCCCAGAGGGGUGGAGGUCAACGCUGGAGUGGGAGACUUCACAGCGUCUUGUAGGAAAGACCUCCUCUUGCAGUCCUCAGAAGGAGAGAUCUUUCUAGACGCCAACACCAUCAAACUGGGCAACAUCCCCCUCGGCAGCGCUGUUGACCCGCUGGAGGGAGCGCCAGCAGGUACCACCUACACCAAACAGACUGUGUACGAGCUUUGUGCCUGCGCUAACGGCAAGCUCUAUCUGUCCCCGGCUGAGAAAGGCUCUACCUGCCAAACAACCAGUAACUUUUGUCUCUGGAGCUGAGAGUGGGGCGUCGACAGACACCUCGGACACAUGGACUAUUAGAGUUUGAAGCUAAUGCUAGCCAACUGACUGAAUCAACAUGAAUUAUGGCGCAGUGGGAAGCCAAUGCCAGCUAACAGACCGAAUCAAAAUGGAUUGUGGCAUGGCGAGAAGUUCAGGUCUGUUAACCAGUUGAAUUAUAUGGAUUACAGCUUGGCAGGAAGCUAAUGCUUGCUAACAGACCAAAAGAACAUGGACUCUGGCUUAGUGUGAAGCUAAUGCUAGCUAAAGGACUGAAUCAACAUGGACUAAACCUUGGUGAGAAGUUGCCAGCCCACCAACCUAAAUAUUACAGAUUGGUCAGUUGCUAAUGCUAGUCAAGAGGAGGAAUGACUUGGCGGGAAGCAAAAGCCAAGGUUAGCUGAUGGGUAUGAUGCUACUCAUGGACAUGGAUGGACAUUUUCACCCUGGGGCUCCAAUUGGCUGUCUUUGCCAUUGUUGAAAUGCUGCCAUGACGGUUUCUGAAAGUCACAAGGAUGACAUUUCGGGGUUUUCUGAGAACACGUAACUCUCUCACAAGAAAAGUGAGUUGUGUGUUUACCGUAUAAACAAAAACGUCCUGGAAGUCAUUCUCCUGCUUCAGUUAAGAUAAACAGAUAUGGUGAUGGACUGCAAACUUGCCAGCAAGGAUUGGACAUGGACUCAGUUGGCUAUCAGACAUUGGUGUGGACCCUGUUUUAGCCCUGCGGGUAGCUAACAAAUAUAUCAGAAAUCGGUUUAGUCUAGUGGGAAGCUAAGGCUAGCUAACGGACCAAUCUAUACCAGAAAGGCCUUCCCCCUCCUUCCCCUCUAGUCUUUCAACCCAAAUGUUAACGUGUGACCCUUCUGCAUUAAUCUUCACCUAAUAGGAAUAUGCUCUCGGGCCCCACUUUUUUUAUAGGUUUAUUAAUGCAAAUAAUUGUGCUUCAACCUUGCAUUCAUCAGGCUUUUUCCUCAAUAGAUUUCAUUAUUUUUUACAUUGACUUUUAUUCUAUUUUAGUUAUCUUUUCUUCAGAUCAAAUAUUGUACUUGUUUCUCUUUGAAUACUGUUAGUUUCCCUUCAUUAAUGCUUUAUCUUCCCAUGUGUUGCUGCUGUUCUACUUUAUACCUCCUCCAUGCUGUUUUGUUUUGUCUAUGCACCUACAUAAACUGGACUGGCAAAAGAAAACCUUAUUUUGCCUUUCCACUCUCUCUGUCUGGUAAAAAAAAGUAUUUCUGCUCUUCUUCACAGGACUGGUUGAAAAACAUUUUUACUAACUAUCAGUUCCAGAUUCAGGGUUUCUCUGGAUUUUACCUGGGCAUACAAUGCUUUUUGUUAGAGACAGAAACCAAAUGGAAUAAAACAUUUUUACUAAAACUGUGGUAUUGGUUAGGUGUUAUAGCAGAACAACCGUUGUAUGGUACGGGUCAAACCUUCCAGUGAGGCAGAGGCAGCAGUAGGAAGACGGCCAGUCCAAUUUUGAUAGAGUUACAGAGCAUAAUACAUAUCUUCGGCCUGUGUUCCUUGGUCCUCAGACUUUUUCACUCAUUCAUCUGACUCUUGACAUUUGGGCUUUCAUGCCAAUCCCUCUUUCUUCUCAGUCAUGUUGGUGUUCUGUGUCAUCGAGAAACCUUUUUUUUUCUUUUAACACACUCCUUUUUGUUCCCUUCUUUGGUUAUACUGUAUUUACUAUACAUUUUUCUUCAUUUACACUUUUUAUCUUUUAACCUUGUCUUUCAUCUCUUACCCAUCACUCACAGAAUAGCAUGUUCUGAUAUCUUCAGCUCAUCUCUUCGGUUCUUUAUUGACUCUCUGAUCUCUUUUUGCCAAACCAAACUCAAACUUCAGGAAAAAUGUCCCUACAUAGUUUAGUUCAGCAACCUAAGCAAGAAAAGUCCCGAAUGUCCAAAAUAUUAUUUUGUGGGGUUAUUUUUUGAUAUGUCAAUUAUUCUCAGACAGGCGGAUCAGUGUGAAUGGCCUCGAGCCGGCUAACCUAGAGUCCAACAUCUGCGAUGGCUGGAAAUCAGCAAAUUUGUGUGGCAGAAAUCCCCCUGGAAGAAAUUGUGGAUGAGUUGGUUGUAUGUGUAUGAACUCAACUGGAAAAGGCCCUGAGGCAUACUUUCUUUUUUUUAAACAAGUGAUACACAGGUGCCUUUGCUGCUGUUGGUAAAAGCACAUCACAGUCUGAACGUUCACACUACCCUCAGUGGACCAUCUGCAAGUGUCUCUGGAAAAACUAUAUAUUUAUCAAUCUACUUAUCUAUCUAUAUGGUUUUCUGUCAUUUCCUUCCCUUUUCUUCUGUUUUUGUAGAACUCUCGGUAUAUCCUGCAGAAAAAAUAACAAUUCAAUCCUGGUUUAAAAUUAAAUUUUCUGAUGUGUUCCCUUGUGGUUUUAUUCUUGAUAAUAAAAAAGCACAAAUUAUGCCAUGUAUAUAACAAUACCAAUAAAA